AUGCCACUUCCUACAGUACCACGAAUCGGUAAUCUCUUUUCUUUUUUUUUUUUUCAGUGUCUAAUUCGGGGCGUGUCUUUCUUCAUUUUUUUCUUUUUCUCGCAUGCUUCAUUUCUUUGUUUCUUUCGCUCUUCAUCUAUUUAUUUUUUUCUUUCAUUUGUUCUCGUCCUUCCUUCCUUCCUUUCUUUCUUUCUUUUUCUCUCGUCCUCCUUUUCUUUCUUUCUUUUUUUCUUUCUUUCUUUCUUUCUUUCUUUCUUUCUUUCUUUCGUACCUCAUUUUUUUCUAUUUUUCUUUCAUUUUCUUUCUUUCCUUCUUUCUUUCUUUCUUUCUUUCUUUCUUUCUUUGUCGCCCUUCAUUUCUAACCUUUUCCAGCUUUCGUGUUUCAUUUCAAUCUUUCUUUCUUUCUUUCUUUCUUUCUUUCUUUGUUUAUUUCGUCAUUUCUUACAUUUACACUUCUUCCUUAUUUCUUUUUGUCUUCCUUUCUUCAUUUCUUUUUUCUCUCGUCCUUCAUUUCUUUCUAUCUUUCUAUGUUUUUUUCUUUUUUCUUUCUUUCUUUUAUCCUUCAUUUCUUUCUAUUUUUCUUUCUUUUUCUUUCGACCUUCAUUUCUCUCUAUUUUUCUAUCUUUUUCUUUAACCCUCAUUUCGUAUUAUUUUUCUUUAUUUUUCUUUCAUCCAUUUACAUUUCUUUCUUUCUUUCUUUCUUUCUUUCUUUCUUUCUUUCUUUCUUUCUUUCUUUCGUCCGCCAUUUCUAUCUUUCUGUCCUUCUUUCUGUCAUCCUUCAUUUCUUUCUAUUAUUCUUUCUUUUUCUUUCUCCUUCCAUUUCUCUUUCUUUCUUUCUUUCUUUCUUUCUUUUAUUUUCUAUUGUCCAUCAGUCCUUUCUCUCUUCCUAGUUUCUUUCUUUUUCUUUCCUUCCUUCAUUUCCUUCUAUCUUUCUGCCUUCCGUCCCUCCAAUUCUUUCUUUCUUUCUUUCAUUUUCAGCCGUCUUUCAUUUAUUUAUUUCUUCAUUUAUUUCUUUUUUACCUCGCCCUCCAUUUCUUUCUUUCUUUCUUUCUUUCUUUCUUUCUUUCUUUCUUUCUUUCUUUCUUUCAUUUUCACCCGUCUUUCAUUUAUAUACAUCAUUUCUAUUAUUUUUUGUCUUCCAUCAUUUAUUUUUUCUUUCUUUCUAUCAUCCAUUUAUUCUUUCGUCCUUCAUUUCUUUCUAUCUUUCUUUCCUUCUUUCUUUCUUUCUUUUCUAACCUUUUCCUUUUUUUCAUUCUUUCGUUCUUCGUUUAUUUCUCUUCCAUUCCUUUUUCUAUUUCUUUCUUUCUUUCUUUCUUUCUUUCUUUCUUUCGCUCGUUCUUCCUUUCUUUCUCUUUCAUUCCUUUUUUGGUUUCGUUUUCUAUUUAUUUCCUUCUUUUUUCUUUCUUUCUCUUCCAUUCAUUUUUGAUUUCUUUUUCUAUUUCUUUUCUUUCUUUCUUUCUUUCUUUCUUUCUUUCUUUCUUUCUUUCUUUCUUUCGCUCGUUCUUCCUUUCUUUCUCUUUCAUUCCUUUUUUGGUUUCGUUUUCUAUUUAUUUCCUUCUUUUUUCUUUCUUUCUCUUCCAUUCAUUUUUUGAUUUCUUUUUCUAUUUCUUUUCUUUCUUUCUUUCUUUCUUUCUUUCUUUCUUUCUUUCUUUCUUUCGCUCGUUCUUCCUUUCUUUCUCUUUCAUUCCUUUUUUGGUUUCGUUUUCUAUUUAUUUCCUUCUUUUUUUUUCUUUCUCUUCCAUUCAUUUUUUGAUUUCUUUUUCUAUUUCUUUUCUUUCUUUCUUUCUUUCUUUCUUUCUUUCUUUCUUUCUUUAUUUAUUUAUUUAUUUAUUCCGCAUUUUACUUUUCUUAUUUUCUUCAUUUCUUACUUUUUCUCUUCUCCUUAAUUUCUUACUCUCUUCUUUUCUUCGUUUCUUUAUUUUUCUUUCAUCCUCUAUUUCUUUCUAUCUUUCUGUCAUCUUUCUUUCUUUCGUGAUACAUCUGUUAUUUUCCUCUCGUUCCUCCAUCUUUUCAUUUCUUUAUCUUUCUUUUUUUCUUUCUACUGAAAGAAUAAAAGGUUUUUUUGCUGUUAUCGUUCUUCUUUCUUUCUUUCUUUUUCUUUCUUUCUUUCUUUCUUUCUUUAAUGCAACGAGAUCUCGUCCAAUGGAACAGCGAAUGAGAUCUUCCUUUUUCAUCCACCUAGGCAAAGACAACAGACUGACUGAUUAG